AUUUUCAAUACUUUGUGAACUCUUGUCGUAGAUUUGUGCCAAAGAGUUUUCUGCCUUCCGUCAUUCAAAAAAGCAAUUACAUUUAGCGCCUUUUGAUUGGCUAGUGCCCUGCGGAGAGGUGGCGUGAUUGAAAAAAAAAUACGUUUAAAUACCAGCCAAAGAAAACGCUUCAAGGAUUUUGUGUGACGAAAACCAGAAGGCGAUUUAGCUUUAGGGAAAUCGUAGGCGAGAAUUUGCAGGAUAUUGUAAACCACAGUAAUUUCCUGAAUAAUAUGCUUAUGAGAGAUGGCACUUAACCGUGUCCCUUUUAUUAUGAUUUCACAAGAUUGCAUGGAUAAAAAUUAAAUGGGAUUCUAAAAAAUGGCACUUUACUUGUCGCUCAAAAAGUCUUGAUGAAAGGAAAAUAUGUCUACAGCAAUUUAGAUUAAAAAAUAACAAGCGUUUGAGGUUCAUCCUAAGUAUUUUCAAUUGCCAUUAAACACUUAUGAAGAGACAGAAGCCUCGAAGCAUCUGUAAUAUCUACCCUUUUUAGUGCUCUUUUAGAUUAAUAAUUGUACUGAAUGCAAUAGAAACCAUAUACAUAGGCUUACGUCACCUCACCUAUGAAGGACUCUACAAAACAAUCUUUAAUGGACUGUUGUUCGUAGCGAUAAAGAAAUGAUGUCGAAUGCGGGUUCAAUUAACACUUCUCACCUAUCACCUUUUGGCGUGGUUUGUAAAGAAAUAAAGUGAUAAACACAGCUAUUGUUGCCACAUACAGCUGCGACAACACAUUUGCUACAGUGUACGACAGUCGUGGCAGGUUCCAUGCGAUUUUGUCUAGAGGUGGACAAGAACAUGUCAAACGCUGCGCGUCAAGUUGCAGGUUGUGUGCAAUAAACUUGGGAAAGGUUCCUCUCUGUAACCAUGGAGAUCGUUCCAGUAGACAACUGUUUAGAUUUAGCGCGAAGGGACUCUGAUUUUGAGAUAGAAUUCCCUGAUGAUUCGUCGAGCGAUGAAGCAGAAUGGGAUACUGAUUUAGAAGAGUAUGAAAAAAUAUCCCCAGCUAGACCUCCAGUGAAGGCAAUAUACCUAGAAGCGUGCGAACAAUUCCAUGUUCCCCCGGUCAGAAAAUUUCUCAUGCAAAUCAACACAGAUUCUGUAAACUUGAAACACUACGGUGUCCUCGACAACGGAGCUCAAGCUAUUGCUAUGACGAUGUCGAGUGACAUCACUGUAGCAACACUGAAUCUCCAUGACAACGGGAUCACAUCACCUGGAGCUAUAUGCCUUGCGAAAAUGCUCAAAGGAAACUGCUUUUUGACUUGCUUGGAUUUGUCCGCGAAUAAGAUUGGCGGAAAGGGGGUGCGAGCCAUUGCAAGAAUGCUGUUGCAGAACGUCACUCUCGAAGAGCUCAAUCUCAUGAACAAUAAACUCAUAGAUAAAGAUGUAUCGCUUCUUUGUGGAACUUUGAAAGAGAAUUUCCACCUAAAGGUUCUAAACCUGGGUGGUAAUAAUCUAGGCGAGCAAGCCGGCGGAAUGCUAGGAGCUACUCUUUCCGCGAACAAUGUUCUUGAAGAACUCGACGUCAGUUGGAACCGAAUCCUCGGCAAAGGAGCCAUUGCUUUGGCCAAGGGAGUAAAGGAGAGUUGGAGCUUAAAAGUUUUAAAGCUAGCGUGGAACGGCUUUGGAGAUAUUGGUGCUCAGGUGCUGAGAAAGGUAUUGGAAGAGAACGAAACCUUGAUUCAUCUCGACAUAACAAACGCCUCCAUUGGUUUAGACGGCGCGGGGCACAUUGGGAAAGGACUCAAAGUGAAUAAAACACUGAAGAUACUCAAAGUGGGAAGAAAUCCUUUCCUUAGUGCAGGCGCGUUAAUACUGUUAAAAGCUGCCCUCAAGAACACAGAUAGUGCCCUAGAGGAAAUGCGAUUUGAGAACAUUGCGUUUGAUAGAGAUUGCGAAAGCGCGCUUGGUAGUCUUCUAAAGCGCAAGCCAAACUUUUCCUGCACUUGGGACAUUAUGAUUGAAGGCGGACGCGUCCGCGCAAUGGACGAACAUGAAGCCACUCCUUUGGACAAGUUUAUUCAUUUUGUCCGGACAAAAGGACUGCGAAUGGUGGACUUAUACCGUAGGCUCACCCGGACAGACAGUUUAAGGGAGGGUGAUUUUGCCAAGGGUAUGAAAAGUAUGGAUAUCCAAAUGGGAGAAAGGGAGCUGAGAGAGUUAUUCAGGUUUCUGGAUGAAAACGACGACAAGGAGUUACAGUUCUCUGAGUUCACCAGAAUUUUAAAUAAGAGGAUCAAGGAACGCGACGCGCAGAAGACACAAAAGAAGAAUGAAAAGGGACAAAAGUCAUAAAGGGAACCAUUCUAUCAAUUGCGCGUGAUUCUUCCAAUAUAACAGGCAGACGAUCAAGAAAACCCAAAGAUUCGUGUUCGGCUUUUUACUAGCAAAGAAAGCGGUGAUGGAAAAGCUGAAGCGCGUGUCAAAAUCGUCACGAAGGAGAUGCAAGAAUAAAAAUGUGAAAAAAGAACAGUCCCGUUCUUCCUUUUCCGCUUGUGUCUACUUCGUACUGAUUUCCACACGAACUCCUUAGGUUACCACUGCCUUUUCGGUAUCUACUUAUUAGAUUCCUGAAUGUGAAUGGGCCUCUAGACCAUCGACGACCACGCCCAUGCAAGUGCGCGCUACCAUUUUGACUUCAGCGGGCGGUUACCGACGUUAGGCCCAAGUGUAGGGCUCAAACUCCAUUCCGCCGUCUUAAAAACGCUUUAACCGUCCCCUCUCAGAACAGCCGAGAAUGUGCUAAGUUGCUGACGUCUGAUAAGAACUUUAUUCAAAACUAAAUUAUUCCAUAAGUCUUUCCACUUAGUGUUGAAUGAAAUCGGUCAAACAAAUAUUCAUUGUAUACAUAUAACCUCGGGUCGUAGUACUUAAAAUACUAAAAAUACUAUUAUUGCUAAA